AGGCGCAGCGGCUUAGUGGUGGCGGUUGGCGGUGGGGUGAGGAGAGGCGGGUGCCAUGUUCAGCUGGAUGGGGAAGGACGCGCGGCGCAAGAAGGAGCCCGAGCUCUUCCAGACGGUGAGCGAGGGUCUCAAGCGGCUGUACGCGCAGAAGCUGCUGCCCCUGGAGGAGAGCUACCGCUUCCAUGACUUCCACUCGCCCGCCCUGGAGGAGGCCGACUUCGACAACAAGCCCAUGGUGCUGCUGGUCGGCCAGUACUCGACCGGCAAGACCACCUUCAUCCGGCACCUGAUCGAGCAGGACUUCCCCGGCAUGCGGAUCGGGCCCGAGCCCACCACCGACUCCUUCAUCGCUGUCAUGCACGGCGAGCAGGACGGGGUGGUGCCCGGCAACGCGCUGGUGGUCGACCCCAAGAAACCCUUCAGGAAGCUCAACGCCUUCGGCAACGCCUUCCUCAACAGAUUUAACUGCGCACAACUGCCUAACCCGGUCCUGGAGAGCAUCAGCAUCAUUGACACCCCUGGUAUCCUCUCUGGAGAGAAGCAGCGAAUCAGCCGAGGUUAUGACUUUGCAGCGGUGCUGGAGUGGUUUGCAGAGCGGGUUGACCGCAUCAUCCUGCUGUUCGACGCCCACAAGCUGGACAUCUCGGACGAGUUCUCGGAGGUCAUCAAGGCCAUGAAGAACCACGAGGACAAGAUCCGGGUGGUCCUAAACAAGGCCGAUCAGAUCCACACGCAGCAGCUGAUGCGGGUGUACGGGGCGCUGAUGUGGUCACUGGGCAAGAUCAUCAACACGCCAGAGGUGAUUCGUGUCUACAUUGGCUCCUUCUGGUCUCAGCCGCUCCUCAUCGCCGAGAACCGGAAGCUCUUUGAGGCCGAGGAGCAGGACUUGUUCAGAGACAUCCAGAGCCUGCCGAGGAAUGCGGCUCUGAGGAAACUAAAUGACCUGAUCAAGAGAGCGCGGCUGGCUAAGGUCCACGCUUAUAUCAUCUCGUCGCUGAAGAAGGAGAUGCCAAGUGUCUUCGGUAAGGAGAACAAGAAGAAGGAGCUCAUCAACAGUUUGGGAGACAUUUACCAGAAAAUUGAACGGGAGCACCAGAUUUCGCCAGGAGACUUCCCCAGCCUGAAAAAGAUGCAGGAGCACUUACAGACGAUGGAUUUCACCAAGUUUCAGAGCUUGAAGCCCAAACUGCUGGACAUGGUAGAUGACAUGCUGGCCAAUGACAUUGCGCGGCUAAUGACCAUGGUGCGGCAGGAGGAGGCACUGAUGCCAAAACAGAUCGUCCACGGCGGUGCCUUUGAGGGCACCAUGAACGGGCCAUUCGGGGCUGGCUACGGUGAGGGGGCAGGCGAGGGGAUCGACGAGGUGGAGUGGGUGGUGGGCAAGGACAAGCCCAUGUACGACGAGAUCUUCUACACCCUUUCACCAGUCAACGGCAAGGUGACGGGCGCCAGUGCCAAGAAGGAGAUGGUGAAGUCCAAGCUGCCCAACACGGUACUGGGCAAGAUCUGGAAGUUGGCAGAUGUGGACAAGGACGGCAUGCUGGAUGACGAGGAGUUCGCCCUCGCCAACCACCUGAUCAAGGUCAAGCUGGAGGGUCACGAGCUGCCCAAUGAACUGCCCGACCAUCUGGUCCCACCGUCCAAGCGGAGACAGGAAUGAAUCCCUUGCCCUCUUCCCACCUUCCCUCCCCUGGCAUUGGUGGGAUGCUAACCAAAGCAGUCAGGGUACUCUUUGCCCGAUUUUUGAAUGCCCACUCUUUGAAUUCAUACUCGUCAGACGCUUUGAUUAUAAAACGCGCACGGCACAUUUCACAGCUCCCCACUUGGGCACAGGAGGAUUUGGGGCAGGGUGGGUGGGGGAGGAGGCGCGGUGGGGUGGGGGGAGUUCACACUCCAGCGGGUGUGCAGCACCGAGCGACCAGUGCUGAGAGCUGAGGGCGUGCCAUUCAUCUUGUGUGCCAUUCAUCUUGUGGCGUUCACACCCCCCCAACCCCAAACCACACCCCCCUCACAUUUCGAGUCCUGUACGUUCUAGCACCAGAAUUUACAUGCAGCCCGCUCCCAGGGCUGUUGCGAGAUUCACCUGAUGAAGCAAGCCCCUUCUGCACCCAGUCCCCACCUCGCGCAGGCACCCCUCCCCCCCCCCACCCAACCCCCUCAUCCACCUCCCACUCCUCCCCACGUCCCAACACGUGCAAACACAUUCACCGCCGCCUGAAGUAACCUGUGCCGAAUCGUUUCUCCAGCCACUCCGGUUCCUUAACGAUGUGGGACAUCUUGCCAAGAGACUGAAGCUAUCUCGUCACACUCCACUCCUUGACGUCUUUUUAAAAAUAAAAUUUAAAAAAAAAUAGUGGAAAGCCCAGCGAUAACUUAAAGAGCUGGGGG